AUGGCACCAAAAAACGCAAAGGGCAAGAAGGGCAAGAAGCACAAUGACGAUGAUUUCUGGGACAAGGCCGGUGAAUCUGUCCCAACUAAUAACAUCGUCAACCUCACUCUGAAGGAUGACGAUGACGAAGUCAAGGGCGGCGGGGGUGGAUUUGCCGCGCUUGCAGUCGAUAAUGGUGUAGAAGAGGAAGAAGAUUUCGGUGGGCUGAUGAGCGCCAUUAAAGCUAGCAGUGGAAAGAAUAAGAAGGACAAAAAAAAGGCUAAGCAACAGCCUGUAGAUCUCGACGAUGCGGAGGAGAAUGAAGAGGCAGAGGCGAAGAAACAGCCGGUUGAAAUGACGGCGGAGGAAUUGGCCGAUGAAGAGUGGGGUCCCGUCAAGGACAAAGGGAAGGGCAAGAAGGGAAAGAAGGGCAAGGCUGCUAAAGGGAAGCCGACUGAGGAUGAGGAAUUGGAAGUCCAGACAAAAGAGGAAGCUCAGUUGACGACCAUUGAAUCAUCACCAGUAAUAUCCACACCUGCUGCUGAUGCCGAUGAAGACGAUGCAGAGGCUGAAGAAGGAGCGGGAAAAGGCGUGGCCAAAAAGAAGGCUCAAGCAGUAGCCAAGAAGGAAGCUGCAGCGCCUAGCGCACCCGCACCAACGUCCUCCGCCGAACCCGCACCCCAAACUCCUGUAGGUGACGAUGAGGGCGAUGGUGAUGAAGGUGCUGCUACAGGUGCUGCAUCGAAGAAGAAAAAGAAGAAGAAGCCCGCCAAAAAGGACGAUGAGCCCGCCCCGGCUCCAGUUCCUACCAAGAAAAAAGCUGGCGGCAUCAGUGCCCUGAAGGCCAUGAUGGAGGAGAAGAAGAGGUUAGAGGAAGAAGCAAGGAAGGCCGAGGAAGCUGAAAGACUGAGGAUUGAGGAGGAGGAACGCAAAGCGGCAGAAGAAGAGAAACGGAGGGAAGAGGAAAAACAGAGACGGAAGGAGAAGGAGAAGGCAAAGAGGGAGUUAGCGAAGAAGGAGGGUAGACUGCUCACGAAGAAACAAAAGGAAGAGCGGGCGAUGGCUGAAAUACGGAAAAAGGCAUUGAUUGCCUCCGGUGCUCAGAUUGAGGGCUUGCAGCAACAGCUGACUGGUGGUCCUCCAAAGAAGGUCGUCUAUGGGAAUAGGAAGAAGAACAUCAAGAAAGAGGUAACGGAGUCGAGGCCUCGGACACCUGAACCUGAGCCUGAACCGCCCAAGGAACAGGUGAAGGAGAAGGAAGAUGUUAACGGGAAGAGCGCUGCAAAGGAGGACUGGGAUGAGAGCAGUGAAGAGGAGAAUGAGGAUGCCAAGAAACUCGAGGGUGUCAAGGAUGACUGGGACGCAUCGAGUGAUGAAGAGCCAGAAAAACCUUUAGCUGCACCGAUCGAGCAAAAGAAAUCUUCGACACAGAAAGCACCUGUCCCGGCUCCGACAACACCAAAAGCUGCAGAACCAGCACCAUCGACAUCGAAAGCUGCCCCUCCACCGGUCGCAAAAUCAAAAGCCGCACCUGUCGAAGAAUCUGGAGAGUCAGAAGAAGAAAGCGACUCCGGAGACGGUUCUGACUCUGACUCUGAUUCUAAUUCUGACGACUCUGAUUCUGAAGAAGAGUCGUCUUCUGACGAUGAACUAACCAAUGUUCAGAAGAUGGCUGCUCAGAGGAAAGCAGAAGCAGCUGAACGACGAGCGAAAGCCCACGAAGCCGCGUUGGCCGCCCGUAGUAAAGAUAACCUACGAAGUCCAAUUUGCUGUAUUCUGGGACAUGUCGAUACUGGGAAGACCAAGCUACUUGACAAGAUUCGACAGACUAACGUUCAAGAGGGCGAAGCCGGAGGAAUUACGCAGCAAAUCGGUGCAACGUAUUUCCCCGUUGAGGCCAUCAAGACCAAGACCGCUGUCAUGAACAAAGACGGUGCACAAGAGUACAAGAUUCCGGGUCUUCUGAUUAUAGACACACCAGGACACGAAUCUUUUACCAAUUUGCGGUCUCGUGGAAGUUCCCUGUGCAAUAUCGCUAUAUUAGUCGUAGAUAUAAUGCACGGCCUCGAGGCUCAAACCCUCGAAUCGUUACGUCUACUAAGGGACCGUAAAACGCCUUUCAUUGUGGCGCUGAACAAGAUUGACCGUAUGUACGGCUGGGACGCCACCCCCGAUGGCGCUUUCCGCGAGUCAUUAGCAAAGCAAACCCGUGCUGUCCAGCGAGAGUUCGAGGACAGGGUGGCCAAGACUAUCGUGGCGUUUGCUGAGGAGGGCCUGAAUGCAGUGCUUUAUUACGAUAACAAGAACUUUGCUCGGAACGUCUCCCUCGUUCCGACGUCUGCAAUAACUGGGGAAGGUGUACCGGAUAUGAUCAUGCUUCUGGUGAACCUGACCCAACAGAGGAUGAGCGAUCGGUUGAUGUAUCUAAGCGAGCUGGAGUGCACGGUAUUGGAAGUGAAAGUUAUCGAAGGUUUGGGUACGACGAUUGAUGUGGUGUUGUCGAAUGGUAUCCUAAGAGAAGGGGAUAAGAUUGUGGUUUGUGGUUUGAACGGGCCAAUAGUCACUCAAGUGCGUGCCCUGCUGACUCCUCAACCCUUGAGAGAGCUUCGGAUCAAGUCUGCCUAUGUACAUCACAAGGAAGUCAAGGCGGCCUUGGGAGUAAAGAUCACGGCGCCAGAUCUGGAGAAGGCGAUCGCUGGUUCUCGGCUGCUUGUGUGUGGGCCCGAUGACGACGAAGAUGACCUUCGAGACGAAGUCAUGUCCGAUUUGACAUCGUUGUUGAACAACAUUGACAAGUCUGGUCGCGGCGUUUGCGUACAAUCUUCGACGCUUGGUUCAUUGGAAGCCCUUUUGGACUUCCUCAAGGUCAGCAAGAUCCCGGUGUCUGGAAUCAACAUCGGACCUGUCCACAAGAAAGACGUCAUGCGAGCUGCCACGAUGUUGGAAAGAGCGCGGGAGCUCGCAUGUAUACUCUGUUUUGAUGUCCCGGUUGAUAAAGACGCUGAGCGAAUGGCGGAGGAGAUGGGUAUUCGCCUUUUCAAAGCCGAUAUCAUAUACCACCUGUUCGACAAAUUCACGGCGUAUAAUGCUGAAAUUAUGGAGGCCAAACGACGAGAUGCUGCGCCUCAAGCUGUAUGGCCCUGCAGACUCAAGAUUAUUGCCGCAUUUUGUAAACGAGACCCCAUUAUUUUGGGAGUUGACAUUCUAGAUGGUACCCUGCGGGUAGGAACGCCGCUCGCUGUGGUUAAAAUCGAUGCCGCGACGGGUAAGAAGGAGAUAAUUGAUUUAGGCAAAAUGUGCGUUAUCCUUAUUGUCAAGAAAUCCCAAGCAGGUGGAGGGGUCGCAGUGAAGAUUGAGCACGCGGUAUACCAGUCGGCAAAGAUGUUUGGCCGACAUUUCGAUGAGAAGGAUGAACUGCUUAGCCAUAUUUCCCGGCAGAGUAUUGACGUACUCAAGUCUUCUUUCAAGGCGGAUGUUUCGAACGAGGAAUGGCUACUCAUCAAGGCACUGAAACCUAAAGGUACAAGGGGCACAGACCAUGCGGCACAAGGGCGCAGGCUACCUGAUCUGGAAUUAUCAUCAAUUGACCAAGCAGUUGUGCCGGCCGACCAAGACCAGUUGCAAUUGCAACUUCAUCGAAGCUGGAAUCUCAUCGAAAGCUUCGCGGCGAGUUUUUGUGCCUUGAACUUUAUCGGAGGUGUCAGGUCGGGUCUCUUCUUGGGGCUUCUCGCCGGCGGUCCUGCUGCAGUAUGGUCUUCGUAUAUUAUUACGAUCGUGUUCAUGCUUAUCACGGCGGCGGUCUUGGCUGAGAUCUGCUCUGCGUUGCCUCUCAGCGGUUCUAUCUACAUCUGGGCUGCGGAAAGCGCUGGGCCGAAGUAUGCUAGGUUUUUCGGAUUCAUCGCGUGGAUGACCUUUGCUGCCGGGAAUUGCCAGACCACGGCGAACUACAUAGUAUCCCAACUACAAGUCUGGGAAGUCGAUUUUCCGGGUGGUUCUUCCAAUGAUAAUGUCAAAUGGCGCGCGUUCAUAUGGGCGUUAUCUGAGGCUAUGCUACUUUUAGCUAUAGCUAUCAACUACCUUCCGCCGAAGCUCUAUUCGGCGGUGUUUCGAUUCUCCACGGCAUUGAUGAUGGUAGAUUUCUUGCUCUCCUUUUUCACUGCCGGAACAUUGACGGGAUUUGACGCCUCUGGACACAUUGCGGAAGAAACGAAGAACGCAAGUGUCGUAGCAGCCAAAGGCAUCUUGACGAGCGCCGCGGCUACCAGUAUCUUUGGGUUUCGCGACUACCAUCUUUUGUUCGCCCUGGAUGCACCGCAGCCUUUCGUCCAGAUAUACGCUUUGGCGCUUGGUAGAGGCCCCAGCAUUUUUAUGACCAUAAUCGCAGGUGCUCGCAUAGCCAUUGUAGCGGCAUCGAGGCUCGUAUUCGCGGUCGCCCGAGAUGGUGUUCUUCCGAUGUCAGGAUGGAUCGGAAAGGUGGAUUCUCAAGGACAGCCCAAGAACGCGGUUACUGUUAUGUUCGUUUUCGGGGCUGCUAUUUUGUGCACGAUUCUUCCUAGUCAGGUCGCAUUCACGUCGUUGGUGUCUGCUGGUGGUGUGCCCACCAUCGCUGCAUACGGGCUGAUCGCGCUCUUUGCGGUUCACUUUGACUCCGAAUCAUUUCCGAACGUCGCACUUCCUCUUGGGAAAGUUCGCGAUGCCCUUUUAUGCAGCAGCGGCGUUGUUCAAUGGGUUGAUUUUUGCGGUACUGGACUUUCGGUCAUGAUCUCACCUUUCUACUUCCCGACUACCGCCGAGACUUUCAAUUUCGCAUGCGUGAUCUUUGGUUCGGUUACGAUCUUUGGUGUUCUUAGCUGGUACUUCACUCCGGAAGACAAGUGGCUUCGUAGGGAGCAUGUCCUUCAGUCGUUGAAGGCUGCAGACGGCAAUGCGAGCAACGAUGAUUAA